AUGGCGUUAGUAUCAGCAGCACCAUAUUUGGCCUUACUUGGUGAAGCAGACCCUAGCUUGAAAUCGUAUGCUUUGUCAUCGUUGAAUGACGUGGUUGACCAAUUGUGGGCUGAGAUAGCCAAUAAUAUUACUGAUUUGGAGGAAUUAUAUGAAAACACGUCAUUCGAGAAUAGAUCUUUGGCCGCAUUGGUUAUUUCAAAAGUUUACUACAAUUUAGGAGACUUUGAUGCAUCUGUGAGGUAUGCAUUGUAUGCCGGUGACGAAUUCAAUGUGGAAGAGCAGUCGCAAUAUGUGGAAACCAUUGUGAGCAAAUGCAUUAACUUGUACAACUCGUUAUCGCAAAGGAAGUUUAGUGAUGAAUCGGUGGUGAUAGAGUCUAGAUUGACUUCCAUUUUUGAAAAGAUGCUACAGAAAUGUUUGAAAGCUAACGAGAUCAAGUUGACGUUGGGUAUUGCUUUGGAAUCAUUUAGGUUAGAUUUGGUGGAAAGUAUCUUGAAAAACCAAAUCUCGGUGAAUGAAGAGCAAGGGCUCAAUUUGAUAAACUAUGUUUUGGUUUGUUCGAACGCCACAAUUGCAAAUUCGGUAUUCAGAGUAAAGAUCUUGAAAACUUUGAUAUCCUUAUUGUUGACUUUGAAGAAGCAUCAAGAUUUUUUCACCAUCAUCAAAAUCAUUGUUCAGUUGAAUGACUCGCAACUUGCCGUCAAUUUAUUUCAAGAGUUGGUCAAACAUGAGGAAGAUUUAAUUGCUUAUCAGGCUGCGUUUGAUCUAGUAAAUACUGCAUCGCAGGAACUCUUGGACAAGGUGGCAACUUCAUUUCCUGAUGAAAGUGGGAACGUGAUAGUGAAGAAGAUUUUGAAUAUUUUGUCUGGUGUGCCAACUUCAGACCUUGAUAACACUUUUCUAUACAAAAACAACGACACAGAUAUCACUAUUUUGAAUAAAACUAAGAACCUUUUGGAUGGAAGAAGUUCUGUUUUCCACUCUGCUGUUACCUUUGCCAACGCUUAUAUGCACGCCGGUACCACGGAUGAUUCAUUUUUUAGAAAGAACUUGGAAUGGUUGGGUAGAGCCACAAAUUGGUCGAAGUUUUCAGCCACUGCAGCUCUCGGUGUUAUUCACAAGGGAAAUCUUUCUCAAGGACGUACCAUUUUGAAGCCUUACUUACCUGGUACAAGCAGCGCCCCUCAUACGAAGGGUGGUUCCUUGCUUGCGUUGGGAUUUAUUUACGCGGGUCACGGAAGAGAGGUUGUGGGAUACUUGAAAAAGUUUCUUGAUGACAACGGUAGCUCGUCUGGGGCCAAUGACAUCGAGGUCCAACUACAUGGAGCGGCUUUGGGUGCCGGAGUUGCGGGUAUGGCCAGCCAAGCAGAGGAUUUGUAUGAAUCAUUAAAGGUUGUUCUUUACACAGACUCGGCUACCUCUUCUCAGGCUGCAGCUUUGGGUAUGGGUUUGGUCUUACUUGGAUCCGGAGACGAAGCAGCCACAAAUGACAUGUUGACAUACGCUUUAGAGACACAACAUGAAAAUAUUAUCAGAAGCUUAGCCAUAGGGAUUGCCUUGUUGCAUUACGGCCGUGAGGAAAAGGCAAACUACAUUACUGAAGAUUUAUUAAAACAGGAGUCAUCAAUUUUAAGAUAUGGUGGUGCAUUUGCAGUUGGUUUGGCAUUUGCAGGAACUGGUGACAACGGUGCCAUCAAAAAGUUAUUGCAUUUUGCUGUCUCGGAUCCUAGUGAUGAUGUAAGAAGAGCGGCGGUGUUGAACUUGGGUUUUGUGUUGAUACGUGAUUAUACUGCAACCCCUCAAUUAGUCAAGUUAUUGUCUCAAUCCCACAACCCGCACGUCAGGUAUGGUACAGCUUUGGCCCUUGGUAUAUCGUGUGCUGGUAGAGCUUAUGCACCUGCAAUUGAAGUUUUGGAGCCUUUGACUAAAGAUGCUGUUGAUUUUGUCCGACAAGGAGCCAUGAUGGCGUCGGCAAUGAUUUUGAUCCAACAAAAUGAAUUUUUGUAUCCGAAAGUUAAGGAAUUUACUAAGCAAUAUGCCGAUACUAUCAAGAAUAAGCAUGAAGACGCAUUGGCCAAAUUUGGGGCAACGUUAUCUCAGGGUAUUAUUGAUGCAGGAGGCAGAAAUGUUACCAUCAACUUAGAAAAUGCACAAACAAACACUUUAAACACAAAUGCAAUUGUUGGAUUGGCUAUUUUCUCACAGUCGUGGUAUUGGUUCCCAUUGGCUCAUUUCUUGUCGUUGUCAUUUGCCCCAACAUCUAUAAUUGGUAUUAGAGGUAGUGAUUUGAAGAUUCCGAAAUUUGAACUAAAUUGUCAUGCCAACAAGGAAUACUUCCAAUAUCCUCCAAAGGUGGAAGAAUCUAAAGAAAAACAGCCAGACAAGUUGGCCACUGCUGUCUUGUCGACAACUGCAAAAGCCAAGACAAGAGCAAAGAAGAAACAACACAAUAAGGAGUCGGACGAUAAAAUGGACGUUGAUGAAGAAAUUAAAGAUGGGAAAAAGGUUGAGAAAAGGGCGGAGAAUGUGUCAGAAACAACUUCGGAUGAAAAGAAACCCCCAGAAUCCAAAGAAGACGACAAGAAGGAUAGCAAAAAUGAAAAGAGUAACCUUCCUGUGAUCAUUCGCUAUUCAAAGACACCUUAUAAGAUUGAAAAUCUAUCCAGAGUGUUGCCGCAACAAUCCAAUUAUGUUUCAUUUGUCAAAGAUGAUAGGUUUGUACCUGUUAGGAAAUUUAGAGGAACUGGAAGUAUUAUUGUUUUGCAAGAUACCAAGCCGGGUGAACCUGUUGAAUUCAUCAAGACUGUUAGGCAGUUGAAUAUUACAACGGCGCCAGUACCUGAACCAUUUACAUUGAGCGGUGAAGAUUUAGAAGAUGAUUAA